AGAAUUAGAAAGACGACAUUGAACUAACACAUUUCCCUACUCUAGCGGAGAAGCUACAAACUCAUACCCAUAAUGGAAGGACAGCCACCAGCAGAGGGAGCAGCACCACCACCAGCACCAGCAGAAUGGGCCUCUGGUCUGCUCGGAUGUUGCGAGGACAUUGGACUCUGUGUCAUCACCUACUUUGUACCUUGCCUCACUUUCGGUCAAACAGCAGAGGCACUAGGAGAUGACUGCAUGAUGUCUGGGUUAGCCAUGCUGGUCCCACUCCUUAAUCUGUAUUGUUUGGUCACUGUCCGAGGAAGGAUAAGAGAAAAGUACGGUAUUGAAGGCAGCCUGGUUAUGGAUCUAGUAUCGGUACUCUGUUGCCCACUCUGUGCACUGGUUCAAUCUGCCAGACAGGUAAAGAUGACGCCCGGACAGGCUGUUCAGCGGGUAUAAGACAGAAAUAUCAACGAGAAAUUAAAUUUCAUAGUUGUAUCGUAUUCUAGAAUAACGAUGAUAUUAGAAUACUGGGCGGUAUUUUCGCAAUAUGGAAAAUUAGAGGAUUUUAAGCACCCCAUAACACAUAAUUAACAUAAUUAAUCGUAAUUGAAAUAAAAUGAUUUACAGCAUACAGUACUGGUCCUCCUACUUUCAAGGAGAUUAAAUACAUUAAUCUAAUACUUAGACACUACACAACAUUAACAUGAUGGUGAUUGGUGCAGCGGAACAUUUCCGAAUAUAAUCCGAAAUUACCAUUUCAAUUAAUGACUAUAAGUCUAAUAUAUUAGUUUACCAUGCGGAGGACAGUUCCUUAUAUUAAAAUGAAGAUUGUCAUUUCUU